AUGCAUCACACUUCCCCUGCCCAGGUGAUAACACGGAUCUCAGACAGCUUUGCUUCAGUUAGAAACAACAUUUUAGCAAGGAACAGGCACAGAAAGGGACAGUCCAGAAGUCAUACUUCUCAAAAACUCAAUAACAUUAAACCAUGGCUUGAAACAAUAGUGAAGAAGCACAUCAAAUUGAAUGAGAAAAUGAGAUAUGGAAAUGUGGGUCUUGAAGGGAGAGGAGAGGUCAGUCCACAUAUGUAUCAUGCAAGAGGGCUUGGGGUCACUGGUGUUGAUAUUGGUUUUGGUAGUAACGGUGGAUUUAACGGCAGAAGUGGUGGCGGAGGUGGGAAUUUUACAUCAGUAGACUUUGGGGGACGGUGGCGACAGCAGCGGCAUCGAGGACCAUUUUAAGUGGAUGGUGGUGGAGAAUCCAAGCAACCGUUUGUUCUUGAGGAAUUAUGCUUAAUUUCUGUAUCAACACUAACCCACAUGGAAACGAUGGAGAACGAUGGAAGAUGAAGGAUGAAA